AUGAACAAGACCUCUCGGACCGACGAACCCUAUGAGGGUGACGGCCUCAACCAAAGCCCCAAUGAAUUGUCCAACGAUCUGGUCACUAACCAGGAUCUGAAUGGCAUCGCCAAUGAACGCAAUCGGCGUGGCCGCGACAGGGUCUUAGAUGACUCCGGGCAGGCUGUCGCGCAGGAUUCUGGAUCCGUUCCUGACAGUGUGCCUGCCCAGCCGUACCGAGGGGUGCAGAAUCUGGCCACGUUGCUACAUGCUGCAACUGGUCAGUCGCCUGGAAAGCGGACCUUGACCGCCCAGGUGUUGGACGACCGCCCCCCUGCCGAUACUACCGGCGGGGUGGGCGGGAGUCUUCUGCACCGAGCCCGCCAUGGAUUUCUCGACUUUGCGAAAUUCAUCGGGCCCGGUUUCUUAGUGGCGGUGGCUUACAUUGAUCCUGGCAACUAUGCCACCGACAUUGCCGCUGGCGCCUCGUAUCGCUUUCGGCUUCUGUUCAUCAUCUUGAUGAGCAACUUAUUUGCGAUUCUUCUACAAAGUCUUGCUAUCAAGCUGGGUUCUGUGACUGGACUGAAUCUUGCCGAAGCUUGCCGUGCAUUCUUACCCCGAUGGCUGAAUUACUUUCUUUACUUUAUGGCUGAAGCGGCCAUAAUUGCGACCGACAUCGCCGAGGUUAUUGGAACUGCGAUCGCUCUGAAUCUUCUCUGCCCCCAAAUACCACUUGUUGCGGGAUGCGCCAUCUCCAUCAUCGAUGUGCUGUUUAUUCUCGUCUUCUAUCGACCGGGUGGGUCUUUGAGAGGACUACGCGGCUUCGAGUUCUUUAUCGUUUUGCUGGUUCUCGGGGUGGUCAUUUGUUUCUGUAUCCAGCUCUCCUUUGUUCAGGGCACCACGCCCGGCGAGGUCUUCAAGGGCUACCUCCCGAACAACGCCGUAACCGAGUCCCAGGGUUUAUAUCAAGCUUGUGGAAUCCUGGGUGCUACCGUCAUGCCGCAUUCACUAUAUCUCGGGUCUGGUAUCGUCCAAUCUAGACUGCGCGACUAUGACACCAAGCAUGGGCUUCUACCAGCUGUGCCAUCCUCAGCGGCCAGCAGCAUCAAUGACGACAAGGCGGCAGAGAAGACAUUUUACAUCCCUAGCUUACGUGCCAUCAAGCACUCACUCAAGUACUCUUAUGUAGAGCUCGCCCUCUGCCUUUUCACUUUUGCCCUCUUCGUUAACAGCGCCAUCUUGAUCGUGGCGGGAGCGAGCUUAUACCAGAACUCCGACGCCCUAGAUGCGGAUAUCUUCGGCAUCCAUGCGUUACUGACGUCGAGUCUCAGUCCUGCGGCGGGAACCAUAUUCGCACUAGCUCUGCUGUUCUCGGGCGUUUCGGCAGGCAUUGUCGCCACCAUUUCGGGCCAGAUGGUGUGUGAAGGCGCUCUCAGGUGGCAUAUGCGGCCGUGGAUGCGCCGCCUUAUCACGCGCAGCAUCAGUAUUACACCUAGCAUCAUCAUUGCGGGCGCUGCAGGCCGGGAGAAGCUAAAUGACGCGCUUGAGGGUAGCCAGGUUGCCCUCAGCAUCGUGCUGCCAUUUGUCUCAGCACCCCUCAUUUGGUUCACCUGCUUUAAUAAGUACAUGACCGUGCAGCCCGGCAUGGCGCGCUACCGUGUGGAAGAUACCGAUAAUCAACAGCAGCAGCAGGAUGGAGCAGAUAUGUUUGAAACACCUGCAAGACCAAUGGAUGAGGAGCGUAAUCCGGUCACUAGUUCUGACACCGGUGUUGAUGGCAGUGGCUUGGUUAAGAUGGCCAACCCCUUGUGGUUAAGUCUCUUGGCAGGUAUUGUCUGGCUUAUAAUCGUCGUGAUGAAUGUUGCUAACCUGGUGCUAAUCUGGCUUGGGGAGUAA